AUGAACAGGAAACGAAAUGUUAAUUUUAUUAAACCCGAUGAUCCACCUUUCUUAAAAGUAUUAAAAAAACAAGCUGGUUAUGACGACACUAACCAUAAGUUUGAUCCACUUGAAAGAAAUGAAGAAGACUUUGUAAGUGAUGAGGAUAGUGAAUUACCCCAAGUUGUUGUUUUGAAACAAGGAGACCUGACAGCUGAAGAAGCAGAGUUGGAAAAAGAAAAGUUACAAAAAAUUGAAAGUGAAACAAAAGCUGAUUUAAAUGAAAGGGUUAUAUUUAAAACUAAAAAAAAGAAAGACGAAAAAAUGAAAAAAAAGUCAUCAAUAGAAAUAAAAAAGCACAAAAGUAAAAUACAAUUAUUAUCAUUUGCUAAUGAAGAUGAUGAUGACUAA